AUGCAAUGCCUUUUAUCAGCGAAGCACCGAUGGGAUCCUCAACAUCUGAUCUCCCAGCCUGGACUCGUGGACCGCAUCCCCGGCCUGGACUCGUGGACCGCAUCACCAGCCUGGACUCGUGGACCGCAUCCUCAGCCUGGACUCGUGGACCGCAUCCCCAGCCUGGACUCGUGGACCGCAUCCCCGGCCUGGACUCGUGGGCCGCAUCCCCAGCCUGGACUCUUGGACCGCAUCACCAGCCUGGACUCUUGGACCGCAUCACCAGCCUGGACUCGUGAACCGCAUCCUCAGCCAGGACUCGUGGACCGCAUCCCGUGGACCGCAUCCCCGGCCUGGACUCGUGGACCGCAUUACCAGCCUGGACUCGUGGACCGCAUCCUCAGCCUGGACUCGUGGACCGCAUCACCAGCCUGGACUCGUGAACCGCACGACCUGGACUCGUGGACCGCAUCCUCAGCCUGGACUCGUGGACCGCAUCCCGUGGACCGCAUCCCCAGCCUGGACUCGUGGACGGCAUCCCCGGCCUGGACUCGUGACCGCAUCACCAGACUGGACUCGUGGACCGCAUCCCCGGCCUGGACUCGUGGACCGCAUCCCCGGCCUGGACUCGUGGACCGCAUCACCAGCCUGGACUCGUGGACCGCAUCCUCAGCCUGGACUCGUGGACCGCAUCCUCAGCCUGGACUCUUGGACCGCAUCACCAGCCUGGACUCGUGGACCGCAUCACCAGCCUGGACUCUUGGACCGCAUCACCAGCCUGGACUUGUGGACCGCAUCCUCAGCCUGGACUCGUGGACCGCAUCCCGUGGACCGCAUCCCCGGCCUGGACUCGUGGACCGCAUCACCAGCCUGGACUCGUGGACCGCAUCCUCAGCCUGGACUCGUGGACCGCAUCACCAGCCUGGACUCGUGGACCGCAUCACCAGCCUGGACUCGUGGACCGCAUCCUCAGCCUGGACUCGUGGACCGCAUCCCGUGGACCGCAUCCUCAGCCUGGACUCGUGGACCGCAUCCUCAGCCUGGACUCGUGGACCGCAUCCCGUGGACCGCAUCCCCGGCCUGGACUCGUGGACCGCAUCCUCAGCCUGGACUCGUGGACCGCAUCACCAGCCUGGACUCGUGGACCGCAUCACCAGCCUGGACUCGUGGACCGCAUCCUCAGCCUGGACUUGUGGACCGCAUCCCGUGGACCGCAUCCCCAGCCUGGACUCGUGGACCGCAUCCUCAGCCUGGACUCGUGGACUGCAUCACCAGCCUGGAUUCGUGGACCGCAUCCCGUGGACCGCAUCCCCAGCCUGGACUCGUGGACCGCAUCCCCAGCCUGGACUCGUGGACCGCAUCCCCAGCCUGGACUCGUGGACCGCAUCCUCAGCCUGGACUCGUGGACUGCAUCACCAGCCUGGAUUCGUGGACCGCAUCCCCAGCCUGGACUCGUGGACUGCCCUCCGGUUGAGCCAAGUUACCUACUCUACUAUACUUCACUUCUCAGAUUACAGUUACUAG